AUGUAUGACAGAGUAUCUACUAACAUUCAUACACCGGUGAGUAUAACAGAGUUUUUCCCAAUUAAAGUGGGACUUCAUCGGGGAUCAUCACUAGGUCCUUUCAUUUUUACGGUCAUUAUGGAGAAAAUCUCUAAAUCUAUUUGGGAGACCGUACCAUGGUGCAUGCUUUUCGCAGAUAAUAUUGUUUUGGUCGUAGAAACUAAGGAGGAGGCUAAUAGUAAAUUGGAAGAGUGGAGAGCAGUCUUAGAGGACAGAGGGUUGCGCAUAAGCCGCAGAAAGACAGAAUAUUUGCAAUGCGACUUCAGUGGGACAGAACCGAUAGGUGAGCCAGAGGUAACAAUUGGGGGAGAAGUUGUUACAUGUACGUCAAAGUUCAAAUAUUUGAGAUCGGCUAUUCAGAGUAAUGGGGAGAUUGAUGGAGAUGUUACUUAUCGUAUACAAGCGGAUUGGCUUGAGUGGCGGGCAGCAACCAAUAUGCUUUGUGAUAAAAAGUUUCCUAGUAGAUUAAAAGGUAAAUUCUAUCGCGUUGCAAUUAGGCCGACUUUGUUGUAUGAGACGGAAUGUUGGCCCGUAAAAAAGGUUUUUAAACAGAGGAUAGAAGUUACAGAAAUGCGAAUGCUGAGGUGGAUGUGUGGUCACACAAUAACUAAUAGGAUUAGAAACCAGAAGUUUAGGGAGAAGUUAGAGGGAAAGACUUAUGAUGCCCUAGUGAGAAGGAUCGAAACCAUCAUAGUGGAAGGUUUUCUAGUUUCUUGUGGGAUUGACUUGUCACUUCAGUUGGAGUUUUCUGCUUAA